CUCCGCUGGUCCCCAGUGCUCCGCUGGUCCCCAGGAUGUGGUGGCCCGUGCCCAGGAUGUGGUGGCCCGUGCUGCUGGCCCUGCUGGUCCCCGCGGCGCUGGCCCAGUUACACCCAGAGCGGGAACUGGACGCGCAGUGGGAGCUGUGGAAGAAAACCCACCGCAAGCAGUACAACGGGCAGGCAGACGAGGUGACGCGGAGGCUGAUUUGGGAGAAGAACCUCAARUACAUCAACAACCACAACCUGGAGCACGCCCUGGGCGUCCACACCUUCGAGCUGGCCAUGAACCACCUGGGUGACAUGACCAGCGAGGAGGUGCUGAGGACGAUGACGGGGCUGAAGGUGCCCCGAGGUCACCAACGCCACAACGAGACCCUCUUUGUCCCCGACUGGAGCGAGAGAGCCCCGGCGGCCAUGGACUGGCGCAAGAAGGGCUACGUGACCCCUGUCAAGAACCAGGGCCAGUGUGGCUCGUGCUGGGCUUUCAGCUCGGUCGGUGCYCUGGAGGGGCAGCUGAAGAGGAAAACGGGGAAACUGCUGUCCCUGAGCCCCCAGAACCUGGUGGACUGCGUGGCCAACAACAACGGCUGCGGGGGUGGGUACAUGACCAACGCCUUCGAGUACGUCCGGCAGAACCGCGGCAUCGACUCCGAGGACUCCUACCCCUACAUCGGCCAGGACGAGAGCUGCAUGUACAGCCCCACGGGGAAGGCGGCCAAGUGCCGUGGCUACCGCGAGAUCCCCGAAGGCAACGAGAAGGCGUUGAAGAGGGCGGUGGCCCGGAUCGGUCCCAUCUCCGUGGGCAUCGACGCCAGCCUGCCCUCCUUCCAGUUCUACAGCCGGGGCGUGUACUACGACGAGAACUGCAACGCUGAGAACAUCAACCACGCCGUGCUGGCCGUGGGCUACGGGGCUCAGAAGGGCACCAAGCACUGGAUCAUCAAGAACAGCUGGGGCGAGGAAUGGGGCAACAAGGGCUACGUCCUCCUCGCCCGCAACAUGAACAACGCCUGCGGCGUGGCCAACCUGGCCAGCUUCCCCAAGAUGUGACCAGCCCGCCCGGCCCCUCCCUGCCCACUUCCCUCCAGCUCGGCCUCUUCCCUCCCAGUCCCAAAGGUGAAGCUGUUCCCAGGGGGAAUUCUUUGUCUGCAUGAGGAAUUUCCCCUGGGAAAGGGGAGAGACUCCCCCUUCCACCUGCAGUGAAUGGGGAACGAGCUCUCCCCGGCUCUGUUUUCCACACUUUGGCUUCUCUGUGUCCAUGGACUGAGCUUGGCCAGACCCGUGAAGGCAAAUCCACCCAGACUCUUCAGGACAGAGAUUCAGGCCAGCCUGUGCCCCAGGAACACUGGGGUGGAAGUGCAAUGGGACCAAGGGAGGGCACAGAUCCUUCUCCCUCCACCCUGUAUCCCAGCGGAGGCUGCUGACAGAGAUAUUGCUUUAUUUGUCAACUAAAACUGGAAAUAAAGGCUGAGACUGGUUUGCUUUGUA